AUGGCCGCCUCCACGAAUUCCCGAAAUUAUCCGCCCCUCCCCUUUGUCCCCAAGUCCUCACUCAGCGAACCAAAGCCCGCGCAUUCGACAGACAGUGCUCUCCAGCUCUCACCUAACGCAUCAUCCAACAUGGCUUCUGGUUUCGGGUAUACUGGUGGUCGAACAAGAUGUUUCCCUUUCUGGCAAGAAUUCUCUAAGUGCUACGCCAACGCCGACAAGCCCACCGACUGUAUCGCUCCCAAGGACGAUUACCUGGAGUGUCUUCACAAUACCAAGGAGAUCGCCCGAGCCAAGGAAGUCAAGGCCCACUUUAUUCAAAAAGAACUCCACUCUGGCUCCGAUGCGCGUAAAGCCGCCGAGAAGGCUGCUACGGGUGUGGUAGUGUCUUUGGGGCUGGUGGAAGGGGAGGAGGGAAAGUAGGCUUGGGUGAUGGUUGGGAGCAUGUAUUGGAUUCGGAUUUCGACUAUGACGGAUGUUGGGAUGAGGCAUGCGGCAUCUACUUGUUGACGACCACCGAACACAGUCGCUUACUCGAUCGGUCCUUCCCAUAUUGGUCGGGAACUGUUUCCU